AAAAAGGUGGCCAGGAGUUCUGUCUGGACAGCAGCCACCAUGGCCCUGAUUGAUGCCUGCAAUGCCAUUCCACUGAGGAAGAAAAUGAUCACAUUUACAACCAAAGAAGCACUAGCUGGAAAAUGGAUUGAAAGGCAGUAAAAAAAGUCAAUGUGCAAGGUCCUGGGGAAAUUUCAUUCCAUAAUUGAUCAGGAAAAAAGCCUUUUCCGCUGCUGUGUUUUGAAUGAGUUUCCAAACUAAAUCUUUGACUGGGAAGCCAUAAGUAGAUUUGCAAAUGGCUGUUGUCUCUUGUGUCCCUCACUAAUGGAAUAGGAGGCACUUUGUGUGUUGAUUUUCAACCUAUUUAAAACAUUUAAAUGUUGAACUUGUGAUGGGAUAUCACCACCACAUCAAAAUACAUGUGUAAUUCCUUCAGGAAGAGAAGAGCACUGUUACGAGUUAGCUGUUAAAAAAACCUCUUCUUCUGUUUUUUUAGCUAACACCUUGAGGCCAAUUUUGAAUUAUAAUAAAUUGACUUUAUUAAUAACUUACUGACAUACAUCUGAACAAGAUUCAUGGUGAUUUCCUUUCUCUAAUAACUAUUGGGAAUUAUGCUUCCAAAUAAAUGGUUUAACAUAUCAUCUCCAAAAUACAAUUGCCAAAAAGAAACCAUAACCAAGUGAUAUUCUUUUAUUGUAGAUCAGUCUCAAUUGUGUCUUUCCAAUGAAACAUUAGCAAAGGAACCAAUUUUACAGACGUUAGAAUGGAAGCCCAAAAUAUGGAACAUUCAGCAAAAGGAAUUCAGAUGGACACUGAGCAACAAUUGGAAACUUCAAAUACAACUGAUCCAAUUAUCGCUCCUGACAGUCCAGACAAAAAGGCUUCUAUCUUUUGCUUUAAGAAAAGGAAAAAGUAUUGUGAGAAGGGAGAAGAGAAGGAUGAGAACCAUGAAUCCAAUUCACUUAGCUUAAGGCCUGCUAACCAGUCUUCUGACAUGGGGCACAAUGAAACAGAGGUUUCAAAUCCAUUUUGGACUUCAGGAGGGGCUUGGCUGGCUUUCAAACGACUAGUGACAUUAAGAAGAAGAUCCAAAUCCUCUCUGAAGAAACAAACACAGGCUUGUUCUCGCGUACAUCUAGAUGUGGACAUAGGAGAUUCUGGCAGGACACGAUUUCCUAAGGACCAUGCGAGUUCUGGUUCUAAAAUUCCCUGCCUAAAACUCUCCCGAAACAAAAAAAGGGCCAGCCACUCUGAAAUAAUAGAACAGCCUGACUGCGAGAAAAAAGGAAAUGAUACAGCAAGCAUCCUGAACAACAAAAGUAAUGAAGAGCCAGAGAUGGUGGCUAUGGAAGUUCCACUUGAUACAAAACUAUCUCCCAGCAGAGGUCUUCAGGAAGAAGAAAGUGACAGUGGAGCCAUGACAAAUACGGAAAAUGCGUCACUCUCCAAUAGAGAGAACGCAUUUCCUGAUCCCAAUUGUUAUAUUGACUGUGGAGUUCCAUCAGAAAUAAUCCAUUCUGAAACAGCACUUGUAACUGAAGAAGAGAAGCAAAUAUUUCAGUUACAUCAUGGAACCCUCUAUGGAAACUUUGAAGAGCUGGAAAAUCAGAAGUUCAGUUUUAAUGUUGAGAUCAGUCCUCCCAUUCCUCAGGACCUGCCUGAAAGUGAACAACAACUUAUAGGAAGAGAGGGAACCAAAGAGACCAAGUCACAGCCAUUUGGGGCAGGCAUUGAUGUUGUGGCCAAAAGUGAGGAUGCUGCUGCGAAGGAAGGUCAUUCCAUUGAAGUGAUGUUGCAUUGCAGCCCAUCCGUAAUGGAAGACGAGGCUUCAGACAUACCGGUUUGUUUUGAUGAGGAAGAGAAAAAUGAAGUAAACCAGUUUACCAUUCCUGGGGCCGGCAUUGUAAUCAUGAUCACUGAAGCUGAAGAUGAUCAGGAUGAGGAAGAAGAAUCAGCCCCUACCUGUGAAAUGUUUGCAUUUCCCCAAGCCAUCAAGCAAAAAGGGAAGAAAAAAACUAGCAAAAACAAAGCUUCUACUGCAGGGUGCAACUACGCAAAGGAAGACCAGGCAUGCUCCCAGGUCCCAUCUUCCUUUGGCACCAACAGCCAGGAACACUGGACUUCAGAGCAAUAUGAAAUGCUGUUGAUUGAAACAGCUGCCUCGCUUGUGAAGACAGCCAUUCAGUCAUCUGUUGAGCAGCUUGUCAAUGAAAUGGCUUUGGAGCAAAAUAAACAAAACAGUGUUUUAUGAUCACAGGAGCCUCUUUGUAAAUUAGAGGCGGGCCUGCUACUGUAUCAGGCAAAUGGAAGCAUUUGAACAAAUUGGCUUGUGCUAGGAAACAAAGUACCAUUUGGAUUUUCUUUGCCCAUUGCCAGCACUGCUUGAUCCAUCCUUAAUGACCAGUUCAGUAUUAAUGCUGCGAGGAAAUGUGCCAGAUGUUCUGAAGUAUUUAAACUUAGCAUGAGAGAUUAGGGAGGGUCUUAAUUCCUUGAGAUAUUUGCAAUAUCUGUGAUUAACUUAAUUUUGCAUGUUGGUAUAAUGGAUGUAUAUUGUAUAAACAGCUUGUAAAAACAAGGUGGGGAGGGUCUUUUGCUGCAUGGUGACAUGUCUUAAUGGUUUACUCUCUAUAGUAGAUCUAGGAAAGACGCCCAUUCUCUCCCUUUCCUUUCUUCUCAAUUUAUUUAUUUCAUUUGCAAAUACCAAGUUAUUCAAGUAUUAUUGUCAAUGAUUGAGCAGGUUUUUUUUUUAACCCACUGCCUUUCGGAUAAGUUUGGCCUUUCUUAAUUUUUAGCUGAAAUUACAGGAACUGGUGUUCCACAUCUGGAGGUGAGUAAGUUGGAGAAAUCUGGCUCAGGGUAGGAGAAACUCAAUUUAUUAAACAAAUGGAUCUAAAUCAGGGGUCCCCAAACUUGGCAGCUUUAAGACUUGUGGACUUCAACUCCCAGAAUUCUCCAGCCAGCAUAGCUGGUUGGAAUUCUGGGAGUUGGUUGGAAUUCAGGGAGUUGAAGUCCACAAGUCUUAAAGCUGCCAAGUUUGAAGACCUCUGCUCUAAAUCAAGCUGUUAAUGGUUCCCCAAAAAGAGCUGAGGAAAGAAAAAGGAAUUGGUGACACCCCCAUCCAAAACAGAAAUUAGAUUGAGCAACAGUACCCAAAAAGCAUAUUUUUUCACAUAGUAGAUGACUUCAAUGUUUCUGAAGUCCUACCGAUCACUUUAUCAAAGAAUCUCAGCCCCAUCAAGAGAGAAGCAAACAUUUCUUCAGAGAAAUUGACAAUUGACUAUUCAGAGACAUUGGUUAUGGUAAGUUUUAAAGACAUAAAAGAUACUACUGCCCACAAUGAUUUUAUUAGUAUAAUUUUACAAUAAUGACAAAAAGUUUAAUUGUUGCCACUAAAAGUGUUUUCCACUGACCACAAAUUCUGAAACACUUUUAAUUCAAAUAAUAAGAGCUCAUUGGGGCUGAAACAGUGGGUUUAUAUUGCAGUGUGAAUUACCUUUCCCCGAAAUUCAAUCUAAAUAAGACAGAAGGAGAGAGGGAGAGGGUGGGGCAGAAGAGAGAACAAGCCUAAAUCUUUCAGAGGCCGCUCUAAUUCCAGACCCUGGGGAACAUUCUGUUGAGUUCUUCAAUUCCCUUUGCUUCAGGACAGUCAACUGAGAGCUGGCUGCUCUGGCCUCCUUUACUCUGUCUCUCACGAGAUCCUUCCCAAAUUGGGUCAGUGAGUCUCUUCCCAUCUACCCAUGUUGGAGAAACUCAGGACUACAAAAGCCUUAAAAUAGUUCUUGCCCUAGUUCCAUGUAAGGAUGGAAGAUGGAUAGAGUGAUGGAAGAAGGCAAGUGAUUUGUUCAGAGCUCUAGUAAAGGACUGCUUUCCCCGCUUAAGGUUGUACACAUUUUGAAAUAAUUUGAAAGUCUUUGAGAUCUUAUAAAAGCACCACAUCUCUGUGAUCCAGUAAAGCAGCCCGUUUUUUUGAUCUUCUUCACCAACUUGAAGAAGGAAACAAUCCUUUAGUUAAUGGAAUGAAUAUUACAAUUCUUUAAGCAGAUACAUUUUUUUCAGACUUGCAUGACAGCCUUAAGAGACAUACAUGCCUUUUUGACUAGUAAAGAUUGGUAUCCUUGCAUGAGGUCUGAAGUAUUUCUCUGAAUGGUAAAGAAUGAAGAGCAAAGAAGUUAAGUGAAUAAAAGGGUAGUAGAGAAAGAAGAAGGGAUUCUGGUGCUUUUUUUGGUUCUAAUCUUCAUUUUUCUUCCAUUUACAACUGAGGCACUUCAACCUCUCUGAAACAAGCUGAGAAUUUAUAAAGAAAACAUCAAGGAACCAUUUUAGCAAAAAUCCACUCUAGUUUACUAAAUUCAAGGGUUUUGUAUCCUCUGGUGUGCAUUGGGAGAUAUUUGGAGUAUACUGAAUUAAAUAGGUUGUUUUCAGAAACUUAAUUCCCACUUUAUCAUGCAAAGAAAACUCAGUGCAGCCAAAUUCCAUGAAUAUAAAUUAAGAAAUAUCAGGCCAUGUUUAUAAAUUGCAAUGAAUGAAAAAACAGAGAAGUAUGAAAGUUGUCAACAAUAAAAUAUGGUAAAAGCAAAAGCAAAGCAAAACUCCAAAACUUUCUAAGCAAAAUUACAGAAGUAGGGAAGGCCACUAGAUGUUGAUCCUCCAAAUUCUCCAAAUCAUCCAAGAAAUUCUAUCUAUGUGGUUAUUAAGAAUUGACACUGACUUGACAGCAUUUAAUCAAUCAAUAAAAGCUUUUUAGAACAGUCAGUUAAUUCUUUAUCAGGUACUGGAAGACUUUCAAGGAAGGAACUUGGUGACAUUCCAUGACAGAUAUUUCAUAGGAUUUCCAUCAUUUCCACAUCAACAUACUUUGUAAAAGUACCUGUUUGCAAUUGUUUUUUUAAUACAAGUCUUAAAAAUAAAAAGUAUCUAGAUCA